AUGGAGGCAUACAUCACCCUCCUCACCAACAACAACUACGCCAGUGGCGCCCUUGUCCUCGGCCACUCCCUCCGCGCUGCCCAGACCACAAGGCAACUCGCCGUCCUCAUCACCGCUGCAGUCUCGCGUCCCAUCCGCGACCGACUGGCCCAGGUCUAUGACGCUGUUAUCGAGAUUGGCGAAAUCGACUCCCGUUCCACAAAGAACCUACAAUUGCUCGGUCGCCCUGAACUCGGCAUCACCCUCACAAAGAUCCAUGUCUUCAAUCAGACUCAGUACUCCAAGGUCGUCUUCCUGGACGCAGACACCUUGGUCCUACGAAAUAUCGAUGAUCUCUUUGAAACUGCAGCCAAUGGAUCGCUCGACGACAAGGAUCGGAACACACGGUUCGCAGCAGCACCGGAUGCAGGAUGGCCGGAUUGCUUCAAUUCAGGAGUCUUUGUCUGUCGGCCCAAAUACGAGGAUUACGUUGGCUUGAUCGAAAUGGCAGGUCAACAUGGCACCUUUGAUGGUGGCGAUCAGGGCUUGCUUAACAGCUACUUUGACGGCUGGUCCAGGGGUGACGCCAGUAACCGUCUGCCGUUCCUCUACAACACGACGCCAACCUCCGUUUACAGUUAUGCUCCUGCGUUCCAACAAAACAAGGACAAGCUAGCGGUCAUUCAUUUUAUAGGGUCAUUCAAGCCUUGGCAAUGGCUCCGCUUCGCAGACGGAGCGGUCUUUCCACGCAACACCUCUUCUACAGAUUCGAUUGAUCUUGUCCAAAAAUGGUGGAAUGUCUUUGACAUGUUUGUCGGCGGCAAGCCUUCCGAUAUCCAUGAGGUGACACAUGGCUAUGAUCUACCGCCCCAGAGUCAGUGGGACCGUAUCGGUAUGGAUCGUCAGGUACACGAACCAGAGGUCAAGAAAAUGCCACACUAUGACGGCUGGUUCCAGCCUUAUGUCCAUCAGGGCCAGACGCAACCACCGCCUCCUGUACAUCACCAGCACCAGCACCACGAACACCAACACCACGAACACCAACACCAUGAUCAUCAACAUCAGGAACACCAUCACGAACACCACGAACACCAACAUCAAGAACACAGCGACCACCAGCACCAGCAACACCAUGACCACCAUCAGGAGCAUCACCAUCACGAAGAGCAUCAUGAACAUAACCCCGCAGGAGCUGGAGGAGGGGAUCAAAGUCAUCCGGCCGACCAUCAUCCUCCGCGCGAAGAGCAGUGGCGACCCCCAAUCCCGCCGCGCGUGGCGGAGAGGAUAGAGUGGCAUCAUGGUCACCAGGACCAACAUCACGAACAUAGCCAACAUCACGAUAUUGCCAAAGAGAGACAGGAGCAGGAGCACGAGCAACAUCACCACCAUCACCAUCCCCAGUUUGUACACAACCCUCACCAUUUGACCGACUAUCAUUACCAGCCGCCUCCUCCCCCUCCCAAGGUCCCCGACCUGCCGGAGCCUGACGCAAAUCGGUACAGUCCUAAUGAAGGCGCGAAUGGUGUAGAUGAGAGACAGGCUCAUCAUUCUUUCCAGAACUCCGAGAGCAUAACCGAUCGAGAGCUCAAUCCACACCACUUGACAGACUAUCGCUACCGUCUCCCCAUCACCAUCGACUCAUCCAAGGAUACUACUGCAGGUGGGGCCUUCAAAGCUAUCAUACCCGAGCCCAUCGGACUUCCAGAUAUGUACUACCCCAAUGCCUGGGACCUUCCUGAGGAUCCUCGCAAGGUCUAUCCGCCAUUACCCGUGAUGCCGCUGGUCAUUGAGGACACCACAAAUGCCGAUAACACACCCGUCCCUUCUGGAAAGGGAAGGCCAAUCUUUCCGUGGGAGUCCAGCGCUCCUAACACACCCAGAAUUGCUCGGACGCCCACCAGGACGUACUAUAACUAUGCCGCUAAUACAGAGGAACGUCGCCGACAAGAGGAAUUGGAAGAAACAAAGCGGCUAGAGAGAGAGGAGAAGGCGCUGCAAUACAUUCAACUACAAGAGCACGAACGGUACGAGCGUGAGCGCAAAAAACAAGAAGCCCAGGAGCAGUUAACGGGCAGUCAGGCAUUCGAAAACUUUAGGUUGGUCAAUGCCUGGGAUGUCGAUAUCGGCGUUCAGAUGUCUAUCCUGCAAAAGACUGAAAAGAGACGCCCUCGGAGCCGCAAGAGUAGCGCUGGUGGAAUCCGCAAGGGCUAUGGUUUGGAGGACAUGCUGGCAUACGAAACAAGGCAGCGUCAGGAGAUGUACGAGGCAGAACUCGUCAGGAAGCGUCUCGAGGAGGAGGACAGAUGGCAAAGGGAGCAAGAGGAGGCUCGAAUCAAGGAGGAGGAACUUCGUCAGGAGAAGUUACGGCUGACCAAGCUUGCCGAGAUCAGGGCUCAACAGCGCCAGCGUCAGAAGGAACAGACGUCACCCUAUGCCUUUAGGAACGCCUGGGACCCGCCCAAUGUAGCGUUGACUAAGAAGAAGUUGCGAAUCGAGGACGAGGAAGUAGGCCUAGCGCUACCCCUUCGACGCGACCGUCGCUCGACGCUGGAGUUUGGUGCUGGUGGCGCUAGCGCUAACGGCGGCGGCCUUUCACAAUCAAAUGCUGCGUGGUCGGGCCAUGGGGCAUCUGCAGUCGCAGCGGCAGCAGCCGGUGAGACUGGUAUCGCCAUUGCUGCUGGCAGUCGCUCAGGCCGAGUUCCAAGGCCCAGGGACACUGUAUCAGAAGACAUGGCAGUCGAAAUUGUUCAACACCAGGCCAAACAUAGUGCUCCAUCUCCCAAACAGAUUACCAGAGCAUCAGGUGCCGCUUCAAGCGACGCAUCGGCAUCCCUUCUAGAGGCACAUGGCGCUGUUGCAGGCAGGUUGGGUACAACAACGACCACAAGCGCCGCCAGAGGUAGCACUUCUUCGUCAUCGAUCACCACAACGAAAAUGACCGCCCCAGGCUCCCACCGAUUCGUGAGAACAACAGUGACUACGACGAUUAUUCGCCGCAAGUAUGUCGACGGUGCGAUGGUCAGCUCCAGCUCAAACAGCAGUACUACCGGCGGUGAGAAGAUGUUUGAGAUCCCGGCAAGACCCCGCUCUGGCAGUUACUUUGGGGAACAGGCUCGGCGCACAGAGACGAUUAACAGUUCAAAGGAAGCCAGUCGUCUUACAACGGGGACCACAUCAGGCAGCAGCGGUAACACAUUUACUUCUCAGUGUCUGAUCACAUCAGGGCAGUCGACAGAGAGCAAGAGUGCCUCCACCUCUCAGCAUAUGAGCACAUCGAGACAAGUUGCAGAGAGCAUGAGCACCAGUAUAGAAGGAUACGGCGACUCUCGAGAAUUGCAGCAUGCCGAGCGAACGAUCGCAUCUUCAGAUCUGUGCAAGAUGGGCGAACGAACAACGGCCACGGCAACAAUGUCGGUGAUGUCUAAGUUCGGCAGCAGAACGACCUCUUCUGAGAGCAGUAUCUCUGAUGUAACCACCUCAGAAACUGUGCACACGUUCGUUGACGAAGGCGAACAGAAAAGGCAAGGUGGGCUCUCCCUGCAGAUUGAUACCAAGAGCCGUGCAUUCGAUCGGGACGAUGAAGAAGAGGAUGUUCUCGAAGCAGCAGAGCGACAACGACUACGGGAUAUCCGUGAGAAGAACGCAUCAGCAGCAGCAGUCGAGCAUGCGAUGCAGGUUCUGUCUAAAUACCCUCAGGCAACGAGUCGAUAUGGAAGACCUGUCUCUAGCAGCAGUACCAGCAGCACCGGUAGCCGGCUUUCGGCCGCUGGGGUUCUGUAUGCCAACGAUCCUAACUUGCCGCGCCAAGCUGCUCUGACCUCGGCAAGUGCGAGUAAAGGAAAGCCACCCAAGGUUCAUGCGGUGCGUGCUUACAACUCAUCGGAAGAUGAAGACAAUCUGGUGUAUGGAGAGGAGGAUAUGGAUGAGCUAGAGUACUUUGGGGAACGCCAUACACGGGCAGCCCUUCCGCUAGGUUCGCCGUACAUGCCAUCUACCCCGCUGGCGUCCUCAUCCCAGCGAUAUGGAGCAUUUACGUCUGGUUACUCGAGUAGGGCAGGUAGUCGAGCUGGUAGUCGCCCGACCACGCCUGGACCUGGGACGCCGUCUCGACUUGGACCUGGUACGCCCAAGGCCACGUAUAAGAGGACGUUCGAGCUGAAGCAAGAGCCGAACAAGACCACAUCAAUCACGAAGUCGGCACAGCAGACUGCACCUGUCGACACUGGGUUCUCCAACUAUAAGAUUGAGUGGAACUGGAAGGAGUUGCUAGGCAAAAAGCCUCGUCACUGGACCGCAGAAGAAGGCGAAGAGCGCUAUGAUCCGUACAACGCCUUAUCGACGCAUGGUUCACAGGUGGAUUCUGACGAGGAUGAUGGACGCAGACUAGAUUCGUCAUCGGAAUCGGACUCUGAGGAGGAAGAGACAACUGGGCGGCAUGCCAAGAGUGAGGGCUCAAAAGGAUCACCCUUGUUCGCAGCGGGAGAAGAUAAUGAGUUUACGCGUGAGUCUGGAUUUGUGAUCAGAGGAGGCAAGAUUGCGCGACGCAGGAGCAGCAUGGCUUUGGAUCGACAGGAGCUCUGA